CACAACACUCAUCUCCAAAACAAAAAGAGAGCUUAAUCAGCCUUUUCAAAACAUGGUUUUAAAAAAACAUGACGAAAAACACAAUAGCCCUCGUCCUCACCAUCAACCUCGUCUUCUUUGGCUUCACCGUGGCCCAGGCUCCACCACCUCAAGCUCCGACGUGUCCUAGAGACAUUCAAGCUUGUGUCAACGUGCUUGGCCUCAACGUGUUCAUCAAUCCUCGAAGUGUAAGCCAAUGCUGCACUCUCGUGGCUGGGCUUGACGCCUCUGUGGCCUCUGUAUGCCUCUGCAAUGCCGUUAGAAUCAAUAUCCUCAAUCUAGUGGACGUCAAUGUGAGACUUGGUCAGCUUCUUAAUACCUGCGGUGUCAAUCCCCCAACUGGUUUCAGAUGCGCUUAAACUUCUCAUAAGACUAAAUAAGAAAACCGGUUCCUUCCUAUAAUGGUGCAAG